AGAUCUAUUUAUAUCGCUCCUCAGUGGAGUUAAGUUUUCUAGCGACUUCUAAGGCAGAGAAGUAAGCAUUUAUAUUCUACGCGGAGAUUGUCCCAUAAUGUAGUUUUUAUACAGCUAAUAUUGGUGACUGACUACUCGUUCGCAGAACUUUCACGGCAGUCUUAGGUCUUUAACAGCUUGUGACAGUGCGGAUAUACUCCAACUAUUCAACAUGGCCAGUAUGUCAUACCAUAUCUCCAAUCUUUUGGAGAAGAUGACAUCUACAGACAAGGAUUUUCGGUUUAUGGCCACCAAUGAUCUGAUGAUGGAGCUGCAAAAGGACUCGAUAAAGCUAGAUGAAGACAGUGAGAAGAAAGUUGUAAAGAUGUUAUUAAAGCUGCUGGAAGACAAAAAUGGAGAAGUGCAGAACUUGGCUGUUAAGUGCCUAGGGCCUUUGGUGAACAAAGUAAAGGAGUACCAAGUUGAAACUAUUGUGGAUGCCUUGUGCACAAAUAUGUUAUCAGAAAAGGAACAACUGAGAGACAUUUCCAGCAUUGGACUGAAGACUGUUAUCUCUGAAUUGCCUCCUUCUUCUUCAGGUUCAUCAGUGACUGCAAAUGUGUGUAAAAAGAUUACCGCACAAUUGACUGGUGCUAUUGCUAAGCAAGAAGAUGUGUCUGCACAGCUUGAAGCUCUUGAUAUCCUGUCCGACAUGCUGAGCAGAUUGGGUGGGACUUUGCUUUCUUUCCAUCCAUCCAUACUGAACUGCAUUCUUCCUCAGCUCACAAGUUCCAGACUUGCUGUGCGUAAAAGAGCCAUCAUUGCCUUGAGUCAGUUGGUUGUAACCUGCAGUCCAACUCUGUUUGGGGAGCUGAUGGAGCAUCUUCUGGCUGAACUGAAGAAAAAUGAAUCCACAUCAACCACAAGAACAUUUAUACAGUGUAUUGCUGCCAUUAGUAGGCAAGCUGGACAUCGAACAGGUGAAUAUCUAGAAAAGAUCAUCCCAUUAGUUACCAGAUACUGUGACGUGGAAGAUGACGAGCUAAGAGAAUACUGCUUCCAGGCGUUUGAGUCCUUUGUCCGAAGGUGUCCUAAGGAAAUGUCCACUCACCUCCUCUCUGUAAUUGCUCUGAGUCUGAAGUAUAUCACAUAUGAUCCAAAUUAUAAUUAUGAUCACGAGGAGGAUGAAGAUGAAGAUAUGAUGGAAACUGAGAAUGAGGAAGAGGAAGAACAAGAGAGCGAGGAUGAAUAUAGUGAUGAUGAUGAUAUGAGUUGGAAGGUUCGUCGUGCUUCCGUCAAAUGUCUGGAUGCCAUCAUUAGUACUAGACAUGACAUGGUGCAGGAAUUUUACAAAACUGUGUCCCCAGCACUGAUCAGUCGAUUUAAAGAGAGAGAAGAGAAUGUCAGAGCUGAUAUCUUCCAUGCUUAUAUAUCACUGCUGCGGCAAACCCGACCAAUUCAGACAUGGCUAAAGUCAUCUGAUAGUUCAAGGAAGGAAGAGUUGCAGCUUGUGAUACUCCAAAAUCAGGUUCUAAGCAUUAUUAAGGCCUUGCACAAACAGCUUAAAGAAAAGAGUAUCAAAUCAAGACAAGGGUGCUUUUGUCUUCUUACAGAACUGGCAAAUGUUUUGCCAGGAGCUCUAACGGAUCAUGUGCCCUCUUUAGUACCAGGCAUUGUUUACUCACUGACUGACAAGUCAAGUUCUUCCAAUAUGAAGAUCGACACAUUAUCUUUUCUCUACAUUAUCCUUUCCAACCACCCUCCUGAGAUAUUUCACCCUCAUGUUAAAGCUCUAUUGCCUCCAGUGGUAGUCUGCAUUGGCGAUCCAUUUUACAAGAUAACAUCAGAAGCCUUGCUUGUUACUCAGCAGUUUGCAAAGAUCAUUCGACCACUGGAAAAAGCAUCUUCAUUUGAUGCCAAACCUUAUGUAAAUGACCUGUUUUCUAGCACCUUGAAAAGGCUGAAAGCUGCUGACAUUGACCAAGAAGUUAAGGAACGAGCUAUUUCUUGUAUGGGUCAGAUCAUCUAUAGCCUGGGAGACUACUUAAGCACUGAUCUUCAACCAACACUGCAGAUCUUUCUGGAAAGACUGAAAAAUGAGAUCACAAGGCUGACUACUGUGAAGGCACUAACACUGAUUGCUGGUUCCCCACUCAGAAUUGAUCUUAGGCCUCUUCUUGCUGAAGGUGUACCCAUUCUGGCUUCCUUCUUACGGAAGAACCAACGUGCCUUGAAAUUGAGCACCCUGGCAGCUUUAGAGAUUUUGAUCAAGAACUACAGUGACAGCCUCAAACCUGUCAUGAUAGAGUCUGUGCUAGCUGAACUUCCUUCCCUCAUACAGGAAAAUGAUAUGCAUAUCUCUCAAGUGGCAAUAAGUUUUCUGACCUCUCUGGCUAAAGUUUAUCCAUCUUCCAUGUCUAAGGUCAGUAGUUCUGUUUUGGCAGAGCUCUACAACCUUGUCCAUUCACCUUUGUUGCAGGGAGGUACACUUGGUGCUAUUCUGGAGUUUUUCCAAGUUUUGGUUAUAACCAAAACUAGUAACAUGGGCUAUACUGAACUUCUGAAACAACUGACAGCCCCUUUUCACUCCGCCGGUAAAAGCAGUAGCCCAUCAGUCCUUCAUAAACAAGCGUAUUACUCUGUAGCUAAAUGCAUAGCAGCACUUUCUUCAGUAUGUCCUAAUGAGGCUACUUCAGUAGUUCAUCAGUUCACUGUAGAUGUCAAGAGUUCUAAAUCUACUGAUGCAGUCCGUGUCUUGGCCUUUUUGUCAUUAGCAGAGAUAGGCCGGACCACAAACUUAGGCACAGAGAGGGAGCUGAAAGCAGUAAUACUUCAGGCAUUCUCAUCACCAAGUGAAGAAGUAAAAUCUGCUGCUUCAUAUGCUCUUGGAAAUAUAAGUAUUGGCAAUCUUGCUGAAUAUAUGCCCUUCAUGAUUAAGGAAAUUGGAAGUCAACCUAAAAGACAGUAUUUGCUGUUGCACUCUUUGAAAGAAGUAAUUAGUUCUUCUUCAGCUGAUGGUUUGAAGCCUUAUGUGGAAGACAUUUGGGCCCUGCUUUUCAAGCACUGUGAAUGUGUAGAGGAAGGUACACGUAGUGUUGUAGCAGAAUGCCUGGGAAAGUUGACCCUUUUAACACCAUCUCAGCUUUUGCCCAGGUUGAAGAAGCAACUUUCCUCAGGUUCUCCAUAUGCCCGAAGCACUGUUGUAACUGCAAUCAAGUUUACAAUUUCAGACCAGCCCCAGGCAAUAGAUCCACUUUUAAAGAAUUGUAUAGGUGACUUUCUGAAGACCCUACAGGAUUCUGACCUAAAUGUUAGACGCGUCAGUUUGGUGAUGUUCAACUCUGCAGCACACAACAAACCCUCUUUAAUCAGAGAUUUGUUAGAUCAGUUGCUGCCUCACCUCUACAAUGAGACAAAAAUCAGGAAGGAACUUAUCCGAGAGGUAGAAAUGGGACCAUUCAAACACACUGUGGAUGACGGUCUUGAUGUGCGCAAAGCAGCCUUUGAAUGCAUGUACACUUUGCUGGACAGCUGUCUAGACAGACUGGACAUCUACGAAUAUUUAAACCAUGUAGAAGAUGGUCUGAAAGAUCAUUAUGACAUAAGGAUGUUAACAUUUAUCAUGCUGGCACGGUUAUCAGUUUUGUGUCCUAGUGCAGUUCUUCAUAAACUGGACAGAUUAAUAGAACCAUUAAAGGCAACGUGCACAACCAAGGUAAAAGCUGGGUCAGUAAAACAAGAAUUUGAGAAGCAAGAUGAACUCAAACGUUCUGCUAUGAGAGCUGUGGCUGCUCUCUUGACAGUCCCAGAAGUUGAGAAGAGUCCUGUGAUGGCUGAAUUCAUCUCACAAAUCCGUGCUAAUGCAGAAAUGGCUACACUGUUUGAGAAUGUUCAAAAAGAUUCUAGUGCAGCUUUUGGUGCAGAAGUAAUGGAUGUCAGUUAAAUGCUAGUGUGUUGCUUUUAAAGCAAAACUUGUGCUUUCUUGAGUGACUUAAGUGGAAGACUUGAAUCUUGGCCUUUACCUCACUGUUCUGUUGAAUCCAUUUUAAGAGAAGCACAAUUAUCUCAGUUGUUGAACUGCCUGUAGUAAUCUCAAAAGAAUCCAACUAGUUCCUUAGAAAUAUUCUUACCCAACAAUAUAAAUGAUGCUUUACCUUUAAUACAGUAAUUGCUGCAUUAAUUGAAGGACAAAAAAGCAAAACAGUGUUUCCAUUUAGCAUAAUUAAAUCUCAGAAUCACAGAUGAAUUUCCAUGUUAGAGUUGCAGUCAUGUAGACAUUUAUAAGAAAGACAAGGUCAUUACCUUAUGGAUUCUGCCAUAUCACAAGUUCAUUUUCAGACAUACAUAUAUUAAAGUUUACAUGCGUGAUUUAAGUGCAGUGUUGCAAAUGUGUCUAUUGUGUGCAGCAGGUAAGACGACUGAGAAUGCAACCUGGCAGCUUAGUUUCUCACUGCACCUUGUGUUUCUUAAUUAUUUUGCCUAUCAAUAUUGUAAGUAUGUCAACUGAGCUGCUGUGGAAUGUUUCUAAAGAUGCUUAAAUAUACUGUUGUCAGAAUUAAAAUACAAUGUUUGCAGAGUGUUUUCACAACUCUCUGUAGAUGUAA